AUCGUUAGCGCAUGCGCAUCCGGUAGCGUCGUAUUAAAUGGAGGCUGUUUGAAAAUGUGCGCACACUGUGCCGAGUUAAAAACACGCCAAGAUAAUAAAUAAAUAUCAAUCAGCUGGUCACGUUUGUAGAGAGCGGUCACCAUGGACUGCAGAAUCGACGGUGCUGAGGAUGUGGAGGCUGAGAGAUCCUCAUCUCCAGCUGGAACGCAGUCUCCUGUAAUGGAUCGUAACCCAUCACCACCCCCAGACACAGCCGAUGGAGAGGAGGAUGGAGAUUUGGAUGCCAUCGGAGACACUGUUUACAGCAAGCACUGGCUUUUCAGCACCCUGACUCGUCUCAUCCAUAUGGUCACAGAGCAUUCGGAGGUGGACUCUGAAGGUCAGAUGCAGCUCCCUGAGGAUGACGAGGAAGAUCUGUGUAGAGUCUGGGAUAUGGCGAUGGAUAAGGAUGUGGCUGGUUUCCUGCAGGAAUUCAAAGCAACAGAUAUCCUUCUUGGAGUGAUAGCCAAAUCUCGUUGCCCUCGUCUCACAGAAAUUUGUGUGGGAAUCCUCGGGAACAUUGCUUGUUUUCCCGACACUUGUCUGACUCUAAGCCAAAAUGAAGACUUAGGUGCUGUGCUGUUGCUUCUUCUUGGCGAUACAGAUCCUCCGACUCUGCUGGAAACGAGCAGAUUGCUGCUCACCUGUGUCUCUCAGAAAGAUGUCUGUUCCAUUUGGCUUCAGCGAAUACGACAGCAGACGUCAGUGCGCACCAACCUCUGUUUCAUCAUGUGCAGUUCCACCAACACUGACCUGCUUGAAAAGGUUGGAGAGCUAGUCGAAAAACUGUUUGAUCUUGACGAGGAGCUGAUGAAGGGUUGGAUCACAGCUCAGCCAAGUGAGGAGGAGGAUGAGGAAGAUGGUGAAAACAGUCUGGAUGUGGCCUCAUGUCUUCUUGAGGCAGCCAAGCAGCUCAGAUCAGAGAGUCCAAAUGGCUUAGAGGUUUACCUUCACGCUCUCCAACUCCUGUCCACCAUAGAUGAGGGAAUUCAGACUUUUGCUGCACCCGACGGCCCCGGCAAAGCAAUAUGGGACUUUGUUAGUGACGUUGUGUGUGAGGAUCUCUACCAGCCAAAUGAUCUUCCAGUUGUCCUGCAAGAACAGAAGAGCAUUUUGAUUCAGGCAUUUGCAGUGCUGCAUGCUCUUUAUAGAUGCCAGGAGCAGUGGAGCAACAGAAGUGACACAAGCCUUCCCCUCAUUGGAACCAUUUUGCGGCUGCUUCAGCACAGCACUGAGGGCAAACACGAUGGUAGCAGCAAAGAAGACACAAAAGAUGAACAGCUCCAGGCGCUAGCAGAGAUCACAGCUGAGUUUCUAGCUGACAUCUGUAUUCAGAUUCCUAAGGACACAGUUGCAGAUUUAGUGAAGAAUGGUUACCUAACAGAGAAGACUACUCUCACAGCUGCAAGCAGUUUAGUUCCCAACUUUAUAACUUCGUUUCAGCACCUGCAGUCCAUGCUGUCAGAGACUGAUCCCCAAUUGGCAGACAUGGUGAGAAAACAGUUUCCUGUAUGAGGCGCCCAGCAGAUCAGUGUCCAGCACUCAUCCCGACUCCCUCCAAAGAUCCUGCUUCGUGUCAUACUAUUUAGAUUUCCACUGCAAAGAAAGAGGAUGACACACCAUCACCAGUGGCAGAAAAUGUGACAAGGAUGUUUUUUUAUAUAAAAUUAAAACUUGAAAUUCUGUUUGUUUUUUUAAAUUGUUCUGUGAAUAAUAUUUUUUUAUUAAAUAAUUGACAGUCUGACAGAAUCUGUGUUUUUAAGCUUUUACUGAAUCAUCAUUAUCAUCUUGGCUUCAGGCAAACAGUAGAAAAAUCCCUCAAUGACAAAAAGUGUGUUUGACAUUCAAGUUUUAAUUGUUUUUGAUUCAUUUCACAAUUAACCAACGACCCAAGACUUCCAUAACUUUCAACCAGAAUGGUCACAAUAAUGUAUGUACAUCCACAAAUACAGUGUAGGACAGUUUCAACACAAAUCAGUUUCAUUCUGUCUUAUUAGAACAGAAAAUGCAUUACUAAUCAGCAUAUUAUGUCAGCGUACAUUGUCAGAGCAUUUCGUAAGAAGGUCACAUUGUAUAACUACUAUGUAAAUAUGUUUUUUCCUCUCAUUCAUUUGCCACGUGUCUGUCAGAAAAUGAACAUAAACCUCUCUGUAUAUAAAUCAGACUUUCCGGCAGCGUGGUACAAAAGCUGUUUUAACCAAAAAAUCAGUUAGCAAAUCUAUGCAUGUUAAUGCUUUAGGCAUUAAAUAUGUCCAUCUCAAUAUACACAGACCGGCCAC